UGGGCAGGUCGCUAUCGGACGCGGAACGGCGUGGCGCGUGAAUUAGAUCGAGAGAUGUGCGCGAAGUGAAAGAUGGCCCCGUUCCACGGCAUGGCCCUGCUGCUCCUGGGAAUCGGAUACCUGUUACACGCGGAACCACUUCACAGCGAACGCGGCAUCGCACUCUUUCAUCUCAACGACGACACGUUCGGCAAAGGGGAAAAGUCGCAGCGCGGCCCAAAGAAGACCUAUUUUUUCAAAGACACGCCGCAAAAAUUAACGGUGGCCAUAGGACAGGCCGCCGUUCUAUUAUGUCGUGUUAAAAAUCUAGGAAACAGAACUGUAUCUUGGAUCCGAAAAAGGGACCUACACAUCCUGACGUCCAUGUCGGUGACUUACACGAGCGACGCAAGAUUUACGGUAGUCGGCAAUCCGGAGACCGACGACUGGAAUCUGCGAAUAGAUUACGUGCAACCGCGGGACGCCGACAUUUACGAGUGUCAGGUUAAUACAGAACCGAAGAUAUAUAGAGCCGUGGAACUGAAGGUUUUGGAUAUACAGGCAAGGAUCACGCCUUCCCAGGAGUUAUACAUCAGGAAGGGCAGCACAAUCAGCUUGACCUGCACUAUAGAACUACAGGAUCUGCCUCCGAGCAAUGUGACCUGGUAUCACGGCGGUGCGGUGAUCGAUUUCGAUGGUCCAAGGGGUGGCGUAUCGCUGGAGACAGAGAAGGGUAAACGUGGUACCACCAGCAAGCUCCUAAUAACGCGUGCUCAACUUAACGAUAGCGGUAAUUAUACAUGCGCUUCGAGCAAAGUCACUCCGGCGAGCGUCAUGGUGCACGUGCUAAACGGGGAACAUCCAGCUGCGAUGCAACACGGCGGCACCGGUGAUGUAAAUAGGAGACUUGUUCUACUCAUCCUGAUUUUCCUCGUCGAUACGAUGUUCCGGUGAGCGACAUGCCACCAAUCUCUUGCGAAUUCCUCCCGAAUUCACUCCCUGAGGCGACCGCAUGAAUGCACGCUACGAUGGAGAGGGAUCAAUGACACUGGUGUAUCCGGC